UAGAAAUGAUCGUAAUGCAGAGGUGUCUUCAAUUAGAGUUUUUCCCAGACGUUUGACGUGAAGAGGUCAAUUUACAGUCCAUCUUGAAUUCGUCAGUAAUAGCUCUCAAUGACAUCGAUAGCUUUCGAUGCUGAACAGUGAAGCAAUAAGCAGUUCCCAGUCGAUGUCUCAUCGCCUAUGCCUCAUGSUKCAUCGACUAUGCCUCAAGRCACGAARGAAAAAGGAARUGCUCUACUAACUGAAGAGMWGAAAACGCUUCUGCGCAAAACCUGGGCGAUUGCAUCUCAACCUAGCGUAMAGGCUGGUAACAAGCUAUUUAAAACGCUUUUCCAGAUCGCUCCAUCGGCGUCAACGUACUUUUCAUCAACUGAUAUCGAUGCUGAUGACUUUCAAAGACACAUACAACUUGUCAUGGGUACCCUGGGGACGGCUAUCGACAACCUCGAUGAUUUGUCAGUGAUAGUCCCUGGACUGCAGGGACUGGGUGCUACCCAUGAUUCGUUGGGAGUCAGAAUAGAAUACUUUAAGUACGUCAAACAAGCAUUACUACAAACUCUGUCCCAGGAAUUGCAAGACGCUUUCACAGAUGAUUGUCGAGAAGCAUGGACACUAGCGUUUGACGUCAUAGUGGGCGCUAUGAUUUCUGGGAUGUCAAACACGUGACUGCAUUUAGCCAAUCACAUCUCUUUUUAGCAAACCAUACAUUUGUAGGUGAAAUACGUCUAGCCUCCUUUGCAGACGUUAUUAGUAUCUGUCAUACGUUCUCUCUCCACUAGAACGUUUGACCGAUA